CAAAGUUUACAGUAUUGUGUGUAAUAAUUAUUGUUUGUUCUUGAAUAAAAUCAAGAUAUUUGCAUCGUCAACGCAUGGCUCUUCAGGAGAGACUGUUCAGCAAGAGGAAUCAAAAAAUUUAAACGACUGGUCACUUUCAGAGCUGAAGUUGCACUUGCAAUGUUGCAACAGAAUGCACCAUUACGGCGAAGAGGACGCCCGUCGGAUGCAGAAGUUGAACAGCCUCCACGAAAACGACCUGUUGUGCCCAGACCGAUAGAUGAUGUGAGAUUUGAUGGAUUUUCUCACUGGCCAGAACACAUAGAACCAAAGCAGAGAUGUAGGAAUUGCAUCAAAUCGUAUACGAGAAUUUCUUGCAUGAAAUGCAACAUGCCUCUAUGUUUGUCAAAGGAAAAAAAUUGUUUUAUUAAAUUCCAUAAUCAGUAAUUUUAAAUGUUUACUACUCUUACUACUCUUUUGUUAUAACUAAAAUUAAAUCUAAAAUAAAC